AUGAUGUCUCUACAAUAUAANGGUCCGAAUAAUGUUAGUCUUAAUCGUUUCAGUCCAAAAUCUAGUAAUUGUAUUGGUGGUGAUCAAUGUAGUUUUUAUGUGAAAAGUAUUGGUUUGACAUUGGAGAAUAUUUUACAUGAUGAACUUCGUUCAAAUAAACCUUUGAGUGAUCAAUCAAUUUCGAUUAAAUUAAGUGCAGCUAUAACAAUAAUUAUGUUCAUUGCAGGAUUGAUUAACAGUGCUUUAUCUUUGUUAACAUUUAAAAGUAAAGAUACACAACAAGUUGGAUGUGGAUUAUAUCUUUUAACAUCAUCAAUAACUUCUCUCUUAACGAUUAUUAUGUUUACAAUCAAAUUUUGGUUUCUUGUUAUUACUCGAAUCAAUGUUUCAAUUAUUCAUCUAUCUGUUUUUCAAGGAGGUUGUAAAUCUAUUGAACCUCUUCUUAAACUUUUUCUAUAUUUUGAUAAUUGGCUUAAUGCUUGUGUUGCUAUUGAACGAGCAUUCCAUGUUUUCAAAGGAAUUAAUGUUAAUAAGAAGAAGAGUAAACGUACUGCUCGAUGGAUUAUUCUUAUUUUACCAUUCUGUAUCAUGGGUACCCUUAUUCAUGAACCGAUCUUCCGUAAACCGUUUGAAUAUCCAUCAGAAAUUCAUAGAAAUCAAUCAAAUCAAACGUAUACGAAUACAACUGAUGAAGUAGUAACAGAGCGACCCGUACAAUGUAUUACUGAAUAUCCUCGUUUUAUUCAAGAUUAUAAUACAGUUAUUCUGUUUGCUCAUCUCGUUGUACCAUUUAUUGCUAAUCUUUGUUCUGCUCUAUUCAUUAUUUUUGGUACUGCUCGACAACGAUCAAAAACUCAGAAAAGUCAAAAAUAUAAAGAUCAUGUUCGUACACAAUUCAGUGAACAUAAACAAUUAAUCAUUAGUCCUAUUGUUUUACUUAUUUUAUCAUCACCACGUUUAAUCAUUGCAUUACUUCCUGGAUGUAUUAAAAUAACACAAAAUUUAUGGAUAUAUUUAUCAGCUUAUUUUAUUUCAUUUAUUCCAACAGUACUUAUUUUCAUGAUAUUUGUUUAUCCUUCAGAAAUGUAUAUGAAAGCAUUCAAACAAUCGGUAACUAUUGGUUGUUGGCGAUCUCAUCAACAAUAA